AUGGAAUUCCUACUUGAGUUCUUUCAACCUUUUUUCAUGGCCGUGGCCGCCAUUCUUUUCGUCAUCCUUUUUAGGGCAGCAUACAUCUUUUGGAUUAUGCCCAAUUUAGCAUAUCGAAAGCUAAGGGCAAAUGGGUUUCCUGGUCCAAAGCCUACUUUCCCUCUUGGAAAUAUACGUGAGAUGAAAAAGAAGAAGACCACCACCUCCUCCUCCGCUUCUUCUUCUUCUUCUUCCCACGCAUUAAGCAUCACCAAUGACAUCCACUCUAUGGCAUUUCCCUACUUUGCCCAAUGGAAGAAAUUGCAUGGGAAUGUAUUCAUCUAUUGGCUGGGAACGGAACCAUUUCUAUACAUUGCAGACCCUGAGUUUCUCAGAAAGAUGUCAGCAGGCGUAAUGGGUAAGAGUUGGGGCAAACCAACAGUGUUUAAGAAUGACAGAGAACCCAUGUUCGGUAAUGGUCUGGUUAUGGUGGAAGGUGAAGAUUGGGUUCGCCACAGGCAUAUCAUAACUCCCGCAUUUUCUCCGGCCAACUUGAAGACAAUGUCAGGCUUAAUGAUGGAGUCAGCCAAUAACAUGCUCGACCGGUGGACAUCACUAGUCAAGUCUGGCAAUCCAGAAAUUGACGUGGAAGAAGAAAUCGUUAGCACGGCUGGGGAAAUCAUUGCGAAAACGAGUUUCGGGAUGAACUACGAAACUGGACGGGAAGUGUUCCAAAGAUUGAGAGCCAUGCAGGUCGCCCUUUUCCAGUCCAACCGUUACGUGGGUGUGCCCUUCAGCAAACUAAUAUGCCCCAAGAAAACCCUAAUGGCGAAAAGGCUAGGGAAGGAGAUUGACUCCCUUCUCACGGAAAUCAUCAGUGCCAGGAGCAAAUCAUCAAGAGAUGGGCAUCGUGAGCAGGACUUACUCGGUUUGUUGCUGGCUGGGAACCACGUAAAUGGGCGGCAGGGGAAGAAGACAUUGACGACCAGGGAACUCGUGGACGAGUGCAAAACCUUCUUCUUUGGAGGACACGAGACAACUGCUCUGGCACUCACGUGGACAUUGCUUCUCUUGGCCAUGCACCCCGACUGGCAAGAUCAGCUUCGUCAAGAGGUCGCGGAAGUGAUAGGAAAUGGAGACGUAGACGCCACUAAGCUUGCUGGACUAAAGAAGAUGGGAUGGGUGAUGAACGAAGUGUUGAGACUAUAUUCGCCAGCGCCUAAUGUGCAGAGGCAAGUAAGAGAAGCGAUUCAAGUUGAUGAUUUGGUGAUCCCACGCGGAACCAACAUCUGGAUUGAUGUCGUGUCCAUGCACCAUGACAAGGAAUUUUGGGGUGAAGACGUGAAUGAGUUUAAACCGGAGAGGUUUAAGGGUGAUGUGCACGGCGGAUGCAAACACAAGAUGGGGUUUUUGCCAUUUGGGUUCGGAGGUAGGAUGUGCAUUGGGCGGAAUUUAAGCAUCAUGGAGUACAAGAUCGUGCUGACUCUGCUGCUAACAAGAUUUUCUGUGUCCGUCUCCCCAAACUACCGCCACUUGCCCUCUAUCUUGCUCUCCCUCAGGCCUAGUCAGGGUCUUCCCUUGAUACUCACGCCAAUCGAUUGAUUGAUUAAUUAAACUCUCACUUCUUGAGGGCUUGCUAGGACUAGCCUGAUUAGACCCUAGUUUAACUGGUAGGAAGGGAAGGAAAGCACCACUACGCUACGUUACCAACCUGUUUUCUUUCCCCAUGUUAUGAAUCAGGAACGUUCCACUACCUUGAUUGGGAAGCUGUGAUGUAGGUAAGUACAUAUAGUACGUUUGUAAUAUGUUAAUAUGAAUCUAGAAAGAUUUA